CUCGCCGCGCCGGCACCGGCAAAAUUACAGUGUUCAGUCGCGAGCGAGAACACGGGCCACCACUUGCCGCUUCUGUACGCCAUAAAUCGUUAUCCGUUGUGUUAUUUUUUCGAAUUCUCGUCGCCUUGCUCGUUUUAGUUUUUUUUUCGAUUCGUACUCAUUAUUUUUCUUUUUUUUUUAAUACCGAUACAUGUAUAGUGCUUUCCGUUGUGACGUGUUUUAACUGUGGAAAUAUUAUCAAUACUAUUAUAUUAUUAUUACUAUUAUUAGGUAUUUUCAUCGUUUUUAUUAUUAUUGUCAAUACCGCGCUAAUAUAAUAUUAUUAUAGCCUACAUUAAUUUUUGCCGAGUGUCCAACACGUUCGUGUAUAUCUACGGUUUUUACGCCAUAAUUAUUACUACCGUCACUGUAUCUAAUAUUAUUAGAUAAAUUCGGUCGCGCAUUCGUUUAUUACAAUAUUUUAAUAAUAACAGUCGAUCGACGACGAUGACCGUUUUCCCGGUGAUCUAAUAUUGUUGUGCAUAAUACGUCCACACAAAAUAUUAUCAUUACACGUAUAUACUGUGAAUAUAUUGUUACACCUAACAUAUAUUUUGACCGUAUAGACUAAGCUGAUCAGCUGCCGUUAUCGACGCCACUGCCGAUAAGGAAUCUCGCAAGUUCGGACGUGCUUUUGACAACGCAUCCACGAUGGACGUGCUACCGAGUGGUAACAUAUUCCGGGAACUUCAAGACAUACACGAUACCGGUUAUUUCUCUGCACACGUAUCACUCGAGGAUCACUGGCAACAGACUUGUUACGAGAUGGAACGGUACCUAAAGGAAGAACCGAUGGUUUCGUCGUCACCCACGCGGUCCGAGUCACCGUGGCUGACGACGUGGUCAACGCGCGUGGAGGUAGAGGUGGGUCUGGACUGUGCAAGUAGCGUGACGUCCAACAGCAGCUCGCCAUCGACGUGUUGGUCCGGAUUCGCGACGCCGCCACCCAGCCCACCGGACGAAACAGACGUGUCGCCGACAGUGGUGGCGUCGCUGCUAUCGUCGGCAGCGGCCGCUGCUGCAGCAGCGAAAGCCGCGGCUACCGCCGUGACCGUCAGUACAUCCGGUCGGGUCACUUCCACCACGGCCGCGUCCACCCACUCCACACCAGUGGCCACCACCACCGCCGGUCUGUUGAAGGUGACCGUCGCCCCGACUGCGUCUGGAGCGGCCGUCAGCCCGGCCAGCACCGUCAGUACCACGGGCACCAACAACGCCAGCACCAACACCACCGUCACCGUCAGCGGUCGGACGGCGGUCGGCACCGUGGCCGCGGUGCCGACGGCGAUCGCCGCCGCCGGGUCACCAGCGCACCGGGAAACCGGCACCGCCUCGGCCGCGGUUGUCCACGCUCCGGUGUUGUCCAUCACCACGGCUGCAUCGGUCGCGUACCACCCGAGACUACACCUGUCACCGGACGCCGCCAAGAAGAUACACAAGUGCAAGUAUCCCGGCUGCGAGAAGGUAUACACGAAAAGUUCGCACUUAAAAGCUCACCUCAGGACGCAUACCGGCGAAAAACCGUACAAAUGCGAAUGGAUCGGUUGUGGCUGGAGCUUUGCCCGGUCGGAUGAGCUGACCCGCCAUUACCGCAAACACACUGGCGCCAAACCAUUCAAGUGUCGCCACUGCGAGAGAUGUUUCUCUAGGUCCGACCAUUUGGCGCUACACAAGAAACGGCACUUCACUUAAACGCAAGCAUACGCACACACACAAACAGAAUCGCGCAAAAAAUACACACACACUACCGUUUUACCACCCGAACCGCUACCUCGGUUACAUUGACCCUCUGAAAAUAUUAUGUUAGAAUUCGUUAAAAUUAAAUACCCCUCAAACUCACCUUCACAUACUCAUGUUCAUACCAAGUAAAGAUAGACGGACGCUCGUAGUUAAAGUUUCCGAAAAACGGUGGUAUUUAUUUAAUUAUUAUUGUAAUUUAUUAUAAUUAAUAUAAUUAUUAUUAUUAUUAUUAUUAUUAUUAUUAAAGAUUUAUAUAUUUUACGUUUAUACAUAAUAUUUUGU